AUGAGAUCAAUCCUCAUUCCAUCUCUUAAAUUUUCCAGUCUUCGUUCAGCAUCACUCACACCUUUCACCUCUUCAAUACAUUCCUCUCGAUUUGGAAAUUCCACAUCUGUGACCAAGCGCAACAACCAUCCUUUCCCAUUCAUCUCCAAUCAUUCGUCCUUGUCGUCGAUCCUCUCCUCUUCGAUCCUCUGGUCCUCUCUUGAUUUUCACACUUGUUCCAAAUCACACGCCUCCAAUUCACCACUUCUCACUUUUUACAAUUAUUCCGUUCGAACUGCGAAUGGCGAAUGGUUUCAUUUGAAAAAUUUGAGAGGAAAAGUCACUCUUGUGACUGUGUGCAACAUUUCCAAUGAAAAUUAUCGAAAAUACUUGUACGAUUUGGCUGAUUUCAAAUAUACCAUGCAAUCCAAAGAUUUUGAAAUUAUGGUUAUUCCAAAAUUGGAUAGUCAUCUCAAUGAAGAAGUGAUUGACAAGGCUUUGCAGAAUCAUCAAUCUCCCAUUCAACAAUUUCUGGCAGAUGAAGCAAAAACCUCUUCUACUCUCACGUCUUCUCUCAAAUUACGUGACAUUAUCAUUUGUCGUGGAAUUCCCAAUUGGUUUGGUUCUUCCGAACAAAAUGACAUGCAACACACGUCACACAUCAACUAUGACAUGGAUUUAGAAGUUUAUAAUAAUGUUUCUUCUGAAAUUGGAGAUGCCUUAAAUUAUUUGUGCAACUAUGCAGAAGGUUCUUCUAAAACCAUUGUCGAAGAUUUUGAAAAAUUUGUUGUGAAUCGAAAUGGUCGAUUAAUCUUUCGUUGUGGAAAUACGUAUCCAUUGGAAGGAUUGAGAGAUAUCAUUCGUGGAGAGUUAGAGGGACGUGCGAGUGUCACAGGACAAGAAGGAAAGAGAAUGAGUGGUAGUCCUAGUGGAGGUGGUCGUGGUGGUAUUUCAAGUAUCAAUGCAUCGGAUCAAGAUAAUAUUGUGUGGUAA